GGAAAAAGGGGGACAAGGAAGGGGACAUAAUGAUUACAUAGAUUGAAUGGAAAAUAUGUUUCAAGAGUAACAGAUUGAAGAUUGAAAUUGAAUUAGUACGUUUGGAGCAAAAAUUGAAUAAAACGUGGAAGAAACAGAAAAGAAAAGAAAGGAAAAAAGGAAGACAAGGAAGGGGAUUGCAUAGAUUGAAUGGAAAAUACGUUUCAAGAGUAACACAUUGUAGACUGAAGAUUGAAAUUGAAUUAGUGAGUUUGGAGCAAAAAUUGAAUAAAACGUGGAAGAAAAAGAAAAGAAAAGAAAGGAAAAAAGGGGACAAGGAAAGGGAUUGCAUAGAUUGAAUGGAAAAUACGUUUCAAGAGUAACACAUUGUAGACUGAAGAUUGAAAUUGAAUUAGUACGUGGCAACCAAGUGAAGAAUAAAAGAAUAAAGAAGCAAAACAAAAGAGAAGAGCAAAGUCAACACACGCACCUGGCAGCCAGAAAUAUUGCUCACUGGAAUUGUGGCUGUUAUUCUAGUAAUUUUUCUCCGUCCGAGUUGGAAUUGUUUUUUUUUUUUAAAUUCAAGCCUUUUGGUACCUUAUAAAUACCUAUUCUACAUAAUUUUGAACCUAAAGAGAGCUUGGAGCCUCCGUAGAGGCCGAAGUUAUAGGGUUUUAUCUUUUCUUCUUUGUAAUACUUAUUUUUUCGUUUUUAUUCGGAUGAUUUGUUGGUUUUCCUCCAUGUCUAUGUGGAGCUAAACUUUAUAGUUAUAGGGUUUUGACACUAGCGAAAGUUCACGUUUUGAUUAUCGGUUAUAUAUAUUGGUUUCAUCUUUGGGUUAUUUAUUUAUUCUUGGUCUUAAUUGUUUGAUUAUCUGGCCAAUAGUUGAACACUAUCUGUGGCUAUGUGAAUUGAACCAGGGAUAGGAAAUUUGCAUGCGUAAUUAGAAUAAAUAAAGUUUGUUCGAGUAAUCAUUUCGCUCUUGAGGAUAGGAAUACCCUUUACCCUUGCUUAAUUGAUUACGGAAAUUUAAAUGCGUUCUUGUUAUUUUCUAAUGACUAUAGGGAUAUAGGCAUUGGAGUAACAUCUACGGACUUGCGAAAAACUCGGAAGAUACUCAUAAAGUAACCUUCAACUAGUAAUCCCGAAAAUAAAAUAGGUAUAACAAUUGGAAGACUCAACUGGAUUGUUAGUGGUCAUAGCCCUAGAUUUAUCUCUUAUCCGAUAAAAGUCUACUCUUUUCUGGUUGAAGUUCAUUAUUUGCUUUCUUUUAUUUUUAGUUAGUUUAUAAAUAUAACUUUGGAUUUUAUUUCUUGUUUAGAUAAUUAGCAUUAGUUUAAUUUAGUAAAUAGUUUAUCAUAAGUCUUUGUGGAUACGAUAUUGGGACUUGAAUCCUAUAUUAUUUGUAAGAUCGCAUAUACUUGCGUGUGCGUUUGGGAGCAAUAUAGUUCUUUCAAAUUAAUGCACUGUCAAGUGUCUAACUUAUUAUCAGCAAAAAUGUGGACAAACUACUGUAUAACAAAGUUAGAGAGUGAUUCACUUAGGUGGGGAAAAAUUCUGGCUGAAACAGACUCUACUGUCCCUCACCAUUAUGUGAACUUAGUCAUUACAACACCGUACUUUUUUUUGUGGUUGCAGAUGCAUAUUACUCUGCAAAUUUAAAAGGGCAUUAAUUCCAGCCUAAUUCCAACAAAAUCUUUAUUUUUUGCAGCAGAGAAAAAACCAAAGUGAUGAUGACUAGUAAACAAAAUCUUCAAGAUUUUCUUGUUAACAUUCUUGUUUUUAAUUCUUUUUACUUAGGACUUUGCUUCUCAAUAUGUAGCAUUAACAGCACUCAGUAUCUAAGAGAUCCAGCAACUUUAUGGUGCAAUGAUAACAUCUUCAAGUUGGGAUUUUUCAGUCCUGGAAAUACGUCGAAUCGUUACGUUGGUAUUUGGUAUAACUUCUCAGAAACAACUGUUGUUUGGGCUGCAAAUAGAGAUAAGCCAUUGAAAGAUUCAUCUGGGGUUUUCAAGAUUCACAAGGAUGGAAAUCUUGUUAUGAUGAAUCGAAUGAAAGAAAUUCUUUGGACGUCGAAUGUUUCAUCUAACAAAUUGUCAGAUAUAUUGGUUAAUCCAAAUUCAAUUACUGCUCAGUUACAAGGUGGGAACCUUGUUUUAUUCGAUAACUCGAAUAAUAGGAACAUAAUAUGGCAAAGUUACCAACAUCCUAGUGAUACAUUUUUGCCUAAGAUGAAAAUACCUAUUAACUCUGUCAAAACAGGGGAGAAAACCGGGUUAAGAUCUUGGAAAAACCCUUUGGACCCAAAUUUUGGGAAUUUUUCGACUAGCAUUACCGCGAUUCUUCCUCAGGUUUUGAUUUGGAAAGGGAAAAAUAUUCACUGGCGAAGUGGUCAAUGGAAUGGUCAGGUUUUUAUUGGGGUGAAAGAUAUGCGUAGCGUGCACACAGGUGGAUAUGAUGUUGUUGAUGAUGAAGGUACUGUCUAUGUUACGGGUCUUGUUGAACGAAAGGAAGUGACAAGGAUCGUCUUGGACCCGAGUGGGAACUUUGUGCAGUCGUACUGGGACGGGAUUGAUAGGAUUUGGAAGUUUUUAUGGUCGGCUAUACAAAACGAUUGUGAUGUUUAUGGAACUUGUGGUCCAUUUGGGAGUUGCAAUUCAUUGGAUUCGCCAAUUUGUUCGUGUUUCAGAGGGUUCGAGCCAAAGAAUAGAGAGGAAUGGGAAAAGGGAAAUUGGACUAGUGGUUGUGUGAGGAGGAAACCAUUGCAAUGUAAUCAAGAAAAGAACAAAACAAGUAAAAGAGAUGGAUUUUUAAAGUUGGGAUUCAUGAAAGUGCCCGAUUUAGCUGAAUGGUUACCUCCUAAGCUUGAAGAUGAAUGCAGAAGCCAAUGCUUGAGUAAUUGUUCUUGCUUAGCCUAUGCUUUUGACACCGGGAUAGGCUGCAUGUCUUGGAGCAGAUUCCUGAUUGACGUUCAAAAAUUCCAAGGCUCUGGCACGACACUUUACAUCCGUGUGGCACAUUCGGAACUCGAUCAUCCCGGAGAGAUUAGACUGAUCGCGAUUCUAGUGAUCGUAUCAUUUUUUACCAUUUGUGUUGGUGUGUUUCUCAGCUGGUUUUGGAUGUCAAGGCGAAGAGGUAAAAUAUGGUUUCACUUUAAAAGGAAACGUCAGUUGGACGGAAAGAAGAUCUCUUGGGAAGAAAAUGUUACUAAACUUGAUUUGGAGGAGUUACCAAUUUUCAAGUUUGAAGUGCUUGCAAUGUCAACAGACCAGUUUCAUGAAAACAAUAAGCUUGGACAAGGUGGUUUUGGUCCAGUAUACAAAGGAGUAUUAGCAGAUGGAGAAGAAAUAGCUGUCAAGAGGCUUUCGACCGCCUCUGGACAAGGGAUGGAAGAGUUCAUGAAUGAAGUUUUGUUGAUAUCUAGAGUCCAACAUAGAAACCUUGUUAGAUUAUUGGGAUGUUGCAUUGAAAAAGAAGAGAAGAUGUUGAUCUAUGAGUAUUUGCCAAACAAAAGCUUGGAUGUUUUUCUCUUUGAUCAGACGUAUAAAGGGAUGUUGGAUUUGAGCAAACGAUUGCACAUUAUCGAAGGGAUUGGCCGAGGACUACUAUAUCUACACAGAGAUUCAAGAAUAAAGAUAAUCCAUAUUCCCACAUUAAGCCAUUUCGUUGACUUAUCGUCUAAUUUUCAUUGUCUUAGCGGGUAUAUGGCCCCAGAGUACGCGAUCAAAGGGACGUUCUCUGAGAAAUCCGAUGUUUUUAGCUUUGGAGUGCUACUGUUGGAGAUCAUGAGUGGGCAAAAGGUUGCAAGUUUUUGGAAUGAGGAGAUGUCAUUAAGCCUUCUUGGAUAUGCAUGGGAACUCUGGAAAGAGAAUGAUUUAUCAAAUUUCAUUGAUCCAGUGAUAUGGGAUCCCAACUUUGAAAUGGUGUUAACAAAAUGCAUACACAUAGGUUUGCUAUGUGUUCAAGAAUUUGCUAGAGACAGGCCAACAAUUUCAACAGUACUCUCCAUGCUUUCUAGUGAAGUUAUAAGUCUGCCAGCACCAUUGCAGCCUGCUUUUGCUAACUUUUAUGAUGAUAUUAAUGGAGGUUCUGUAAAUUAUGUUACUUUGACAAACCUUGAUGGUAGAUAAUUAACAUGAGAUUUGUGAAAAGUAACUAGAUAAACAUCUGCUUUACCAAUUUCUUUUGGGAUUCUUGCUUUUGUCCAUUCUGACAAACUUAAUUACGGCGGUAGCCCAAAUAUACGAAACUUAUACAUUGAUA